AUGGCCUCGACCUUAUCUUCUUCUUCCAAUUAUUCUUCUCCCCAGGUUGUUAUAAGUGUAGCCGAAAAGGGAUUGUCUUUUAGCCCACAAAAUGUUACUGUCGCAAAAGGUGAUACUGUUAAAUUCAAACUAUUUAAAAGUAUGCAUAUAAUUGAUGAAUCCGAUGCACCCGGUCAAUGUGUUAAAUCAACGAAAAUUACAAAGCCAUUAAGUUUGAUUGCAAAUGUGCCUGAUACAACAUUAACUUAUGAAAUUACUAGAGAUAAUGGAUCGAUUUACUAUUUUGAUAGUUAUGCCCAACAUUGUUUAAACGGUAUGUGGGGUAUUAUUACUAUCGAUGAUGCCAACAAAAACAAUCCUAAUAGUGAUCCAACAAAGGCAUCGACAACAGGAACCUCACUAUCACCAAGUGAAGCCUCACCAUCACCAAGUGAAACCUCAGCCAAUAAUACGAGUGGUUCAUUCAAUAAGAAUAAUCUUGUUGUACCGAUUAUACUUGCCUGUGUUGUUGCUGCCGGAAUAGCACUUGUAAUUCUUUAUUGUUUCUUAAGGAGAAGAAGAACCUCUGGAAAAAAAUACUAG